UCUAGCCAGGUGAGUUCUUUGCGGUUAAUGGGGAAUACUUAACUGUCAUGCAAAAGUGUCUUCGACAAUAGAGGCUAGCCGGAUCCACGGAGAUUUGGUUUCUUAGAGUUUUAGACAAUGAUACGCAGUCAUGUAAAUGAUAAUUGAUUUGGAAUAAGCAACCAUGCUGGAGUGGCAGAAUGUGUCCGUGUCGGGAACCAGUGAUAAUGAGUAUAAUCUCACGAGCAUGGACGACGGCCAUCGAGCAAUGGAGUUGGCACAUCGACCUUUCAAGAUAGUGAUUAUUCUAGUUCUAGGAGUAAUGGUCACACUGGGAAACAUUGCUGUCAUUUCUGUCAUAUCUUCUUCAGUGGCUGGAUGGUCAAGGAACUCCAGAUACUUUCUGUUGUCUUUAACUGGGGCUGAUUCCGCGUUUGGUCUCAUUGUGAUGCCUUUAAAUCUCUGCGUAAGCCUAAUUAAGGACUCGAGUUUGGGGCCCGACACAUUCUGUCACGUGGUAGCGUUUUUCAACGCAACGGUGUACUCUACCUGUAUGUACACACUGGCCACUAUAAGUUUUGAGAGGUACCUCGCUGUAUUUUAUCCGCUGAGAUACACAUCUUUAAUGACAAGGAGACGUGCAUUGUACUUGAUUGCCUUCGCAUGGCUUUUCCCGCCCGUGUUACUUUUGCCCAUUUCUUUACCUGAGGGAAUUAUUGAAGUACACUUCUCCACAGCAUCACUGGUCUGCAAACCAUUUUACUCCAGCAAUGUUGCCUACUCGUUGAGCUUGACAGGAUGUAUUUUCUUCCCAUGCUCAAUUGUUAUGACCUAUUGCAAUCUGAGACUUUGGUGCGCAGCCAAGCGACAACAGGUGAAACUGAGUAAGAGUUAUCUGAAUGGACGCAACAGGCCUAACGUGGCAUCCCGUGUGCUUGUACCAGUGAUGACCGUCUAUUAUGCAUGUUGGACACCUUGCAUGGCUAUGAUGAUUUACAAUGCCAUCUCUGGCUGUACUGUCUCAGAGUGGAUGGAGUUUGUGGCUGUGUGGUUACCCACCUCUAAUGGUUUCCUGAACUGUAUCUUCUACUUCUGGAUCAACCAGAGCUUCCGAAGAAAGUUUCGCACCAUUGUAGCACGACUCUUCUGGAGUCUCUGUCCAGAAAUGAGCAAGGCAAUGGGGUGCAUGUCCAGUACAGGAGUCCAUGAGGUCCACAGAAUGUGGAACAACAACAACACUCUCCAGGAACGUGCCUCUAGCAUUUCCUCCACGUGUACACUACUAACACUGGCCGCUGAUACUCACGUCUAGAGACAAGGAGUUGGCGGUCAUGAAGUGGACUGGACACACUGAAAAACACCACUCAACCUCCAUGGAGUCAAUGCCAAAUAUUCCUCUCUAAAAGGCUGAACAUCCACCAUUAUCUGCAGAGCAGAAUGGUGUCAUCAGGGACUUAUUGAGGCUAAGGUUAGCCAGAGCUCCAGUUUUUCUUCUCCUAGCGCUGGUCUUGCUGUAUGCUUUUACUGUUUCUUUUUUCUGGUCUGGAUUCAGGCAAAGUUUUCAGCAUUUCUUAUCCAAAAAUCCUAUUUUUAUUUUUUAGAUAUUUUCAUAUUUGUGAAGCUGUCAAAGUUCUUCCAAUCAGAAAGAUAUCCCAGAAUACCUGUUUUAUUUUAUUUUGUUUAUUUUUCCCCUCUUUUAGUUUAAAGCUUUACUGUUUGUAAAGAUCUCCACGUACUAUAGUGAUAGUUUAUUCUUUUAAAUAACUUCAAAUCCUGACUGACACCUUCUGCCUCUGGGAAGUCCUCAUAACACAACAGCAAACACUGAAAGCAAACUUCCCAAAUUAAGCUGGCAAAUAAUCACAGAUAUUGGUGGCAGUACUUCCAGAUAGCUGUGUGAGGACCACAAUCUCCAGCUUCAUCAGUUUGAUGCAGAAGACCCAAGCUCGCUGGCAACCUGGCAAGUUUAACCUUUAAGCCUCGACAUUGCAAUUUAUGCAAAAGGAAAAGCAAUUAGGCAGUUUCAGUGUAUAAAGGUCAGUGCAACUGUGUGUGGGAGGUACUCUUUCUUGUUCUAUUGAAGACUGCAUGCUAGUUGUCACUAAGGUGGUUCCACGUCAACACUCCUAAAGCUUUUUUGUCUUGCUAAUUAGGGUUGUUUACUUUUACCAUGCUGAUUGUUCUUUUCAUUUUUUGAUUUGCUUUGCAUCAUCCUACUUACCCAUUUACUUGCUGUUUGUAACAUCAGUUGUCCUGUGAUCUGACAGCCAAAACCGUUUAUGGUAGCCACGUGACUUCAUGCCUGUGUGUCUCAAAAUAGGGCCUAUUGUUAAUUAUGUGUAUAUUUGUAAAUAAGUGUAUUUCCCUAACAAUAAUGUUAUGUUAUCAGUGGGUGUUUUGUUUAAACAUAAAAUGGUUUGGUAGCUUGACUUGUUAAGAUGGGUCUGUAUCUAUGUUGUUUUACCUGUGCCCUCAUGAUGUUUAUUUAGAACACUUAUUUUGUAAAAAGUCAUCCACAAUGUAUUGUACAUACUGAAUUUUAUAUUUAUAUGGAAAACAAACGAAUAUUGUUAACAUUUGCAGUUUGUUAUCUAGACAUUUAAUUGUGAAAUAAAGUUUUGUUUAUUUAA